AUGGGGAACAGCCCGUCUAAGACAAACUAUGCCACAUCGAGUACGAAGAAUGCCAGUCAGCAUGCCAGUUCCGGCACCAUCGCCGGCGAAGAACUGAACAGUAACGAAGCCAAUGACCCCGAUGAUAGUAGGUCUCUACCUACUCAGAAUAUCAAGAUUACCAAAGAGGCUCCUGGAGAGCCCAGGAACAUAGAUCAAACCAAGAACAGAGGCCGUGGCGAGCGCUACGGUCUUGAAAUCGACAUGUCGAUGGCGCAGGCCCUUGGAAGCGGACUCGCCGCAGGCGCUAGCCUUGUGAGCGGUGGAACCGCUAGCACCAGCAGCGGCACCAGUGCCAGCAGCACCAUGUCGUUGCGGCAAUUGCCCACGCCUCCUUCGUACCAGUCGGACGGGUCGUCCUCGUUCCCGUUUGACAGCUCGUUUGAGAAGUCCUACGUGCUGCCACCCAUUAAAGAAGAGGCAAGCGUAUCGCACCCGUUGCCGGGCGAAAGCUACAAGGCCGGCGUUCGUCGCUCGGGCGGCGGUGUGCACGCGCAGCGCGGUACCGAUCCCCGCAUUCCGAAUUACAGGUCCUCGCAGCCCAUUAUCCUGCGCAAAAACUCGCACGACUGGCAGUCGACGGACGGAGUGGACGUCGACGAUGUUAUCGAGACCCUGUUACGUCUCGGCGAAACCCGUCAGUACAGCUCGCGCGACUUCCCGCUGUCGUCCUGGGAGGUACAACUCAUAUGCGCACGUGCCCGCGAAAUUUUCCUUGAUCAACCUUCGUUGUUGCGUUUGCAGGCGCCCAUCAAGGUUGUUGGCGACGUUCACGGCCAGUUCACGGAUCUCCUUCGGAUCCUUAAACUGUCUGGCGUGCCUCAGGACACGAGUUACCUUUUCCUCGGAGACUACGUUGACCGUGGCAAGCAGUCCUUGGAGACCAUGUUGUUGCUACUGUGCUACAAGAUCAAAUACCCAGACAGAUUUUUCAUGCUAAGAGGCAACCACGAGUCUGCAAAUGUCACCAAGAUGUACGGCUUCUACGACGAGUGUAAACGUCGUCUUUCCACCAAGUGCUGGAAGAUGUUUGUCGAUGUCUUCAACACGCUACCGUUCGCAGCCGUGGUUCAGGGAAAGAUUUUUUGCGUGCAUGGAGGUAUUUCGCCCGAUUUGCGCAGACUGAGCGACAUUGAACGGAUCGCAAGGCCAACAGACGUCCCGGACGAAGGUAUGCUAACAGAUUUGUUGUGGAGUGACCCGGACGCAAGCGUUUCGGACUGGUCUGUCAAUGACCGUGGCGUCUCAGUGACUUUUGGCAAGAAAAACGUUCUCGAUUUUUGCUCUCAGUUCAAUUUCGAUCUCGUUAUCAGAGGCCACAUGGUGGUCGAAGACGGUUACGAAUUUUUUGCUAAAAAGAAGUUUGUCACCGUGUUCUCUGCUCCCAACUACUGCGGUGAAUUUCGCAAUUGGGGUGCGGUCAUGAGCGUUACCACGGGACUGAUGUGCAGCUUCGAACUAUUGAAACCUCAUAGUACGAAAGGCAAGAAUUGA